AUGCGCCCCACGCUAGCGCCGCCGCCGGCGCCGCAGUGCUCGGCUGGCCUCGCGUCUCGUCGGCGCCCCCCACCCGCCGCCAGUAGAUCGCGGCUCGCCGCCCCUUCGCAACCGCGCGCAUCUCCCGUCUCUUCAUCCGCUGCGCCUUCCGCCGCUCGUUCCGCCACCGCGCAUCCCCAUGGCUCCCGUCGCUCCGCGCUCAGACCCGUUCCCGCCUCCACCGCGCGCACAUCGACUCGGCGCGCAUUGACCUCCCCCGUGGUUCUUGACGUCCCUUCGCAGCGCGCCUCACCGGCAGCGUGCCGUGCCGCUGCCGCCGGUGCUGCGGAUGGCGCUGACGUGGCAGGGCGGCUGAGCGCGGAGGAGCGCGAGGCGGUGGGCAGUGCUGACGUGGCGAUCAUAACGAACGGGCCGGGCGAGGUGGCGGCGUGGGUGGCGCCCGUCGUGGCGUCGCUGGCGCGCCUGUUCGGCCCCGACCCGCGCCGCCUCCGCAUCUCCGUGCUGCUGGCGCCGUGUCCACACGCGUCGGGCAACGAGCUGGCCGUGCUGCGCGCCAUGCCGCACGUGCACCGCUGCACGGGCCCCCAAGAUUUCCUGCACAUGCUGCUCUUCGCUCGCCCUGCUGCUACCACUGGGGGCCAGCACACGGGCGGAGAGAGAGCGGAGGGGGGAGCCUCGGGGGGACGAACAGACGACCAGCAGCGGCAACAAGGGGAGGGGGAGGGGGGCGGCCAGGGGGAGGGGGAAGGGGAGGGGGAGGGGGAGGGGCAGGGGGAGGGGGAGUGGGGGUGGCGGAGGCGGGGCGUGGUGGUGUUUCUGGGCGGCGAGCAGCUGAAUGCGGUGCUGCUGGCGCGGCGCCUGGGGUACCGCUGCCUCGUGUAUGCUGAGGAUGCCGCCCGCUGGCCCUGGCUGGUGGACAUGAGUGCGCUGCGCUCGCCUGUGCUGCUACCUUCCAUCCCGCCCGCCCUGCUGGCCGCCCGCCGCGCCCGCGUGGUGGGAGACCUCUUCCUCUCCGCCGUGGCGCAGGCGCAGGGGGGGCAGGGGGGGCAGGGGGGACAUGGGGACGCGGGGCGGAGAGGCGAGGAGAAGCAGGGGAGCAGAGGAGAGGGGGAUGGCAAGGAGCGUGAGGUGGUGGUGGGGCUGCUGCCGGGAAGCAAGGACGUGAAGCUGAUGGUGGGAGUGCCCUUGUUCCUCUCCGUCGCCCAUGCACUCAGCACGACCUGCUCUCUCAGCGCCCCCCGCAUGCGCUUCAUCCUACCUCUGGCCCCCACGGUGCAGCCGGCGUCGCUGGCUCGCUUUGCCUCGCGGCGCCACAACGAGCUCAUCGCCCGCCACGCCUGGCUGCCCGCGCGCCUGCUGCCGCCCUCUGCCACUGCUGCACUGCCCUCUCCGCCAGGGGGAGGGGCGGGGGUCGGGUGGGAGUAUCUGGGGAGACUGGUUGCUGGGGAGGGGGAUGGGGAAGGGGGAGAUGGAAGAGGGGAUGAAGAGGAGGAGGGGAGGGAGGGAGGGGAGGGGGCGAGGGGGGGUGAGGGAGUGGAGGUAGAGGUGUGGAGGGCGUUUCCCUCGUAUUCUCUGCUCUCGCAGUGCUCGCUCGCCCUCACCACUGUGGGCACCAACACUGCUGAGCUGGCAGCACUGGGAGUGCCCAUGGUGGUCGUCCUGCCCACUCUCUCACUGGAGCUGUUCCAAGGGGGGGCAGGGGGCGUGUUGGGGUUGCUGCCGGCACUGCUGCCGGCGGGCCCAGCAGCAGCGCUCACUCGCUUCCUCAACGCCUCGCUGCUCCGGUCGCUGCCCUUCCUCGCCUGGCCCAACCGGUGGGCGGGGCGGGAGGUGGUGCCGGAGGUGGUGGGGGAGGUGGGACCGGGGGAGGUGGCAGCGGUGGCAGCGCGCCUGCUGGGGGACGCGGCUGCACUGGAGGCCAUGGGGAGCGCGCUCAGGCAGGUGGCAAGCGAGUAUGGGGGGGGCAAGGGGAGUGCUGCUGGGGAAGGCGAGGGGGAGGGUGGGGGGAGUGAUGGAGGGGAGCGUGGUGAGGGUGCAGCGGAUGCGAUCGCAGAUGAGGUGCUGAAGCUGCUUCUCAUGUAG